UGCAAUAAUUGUAAACAAUGUUCUUCCAGCUGAAAGUAUUUAUUUAAUAAAUUUCUAGAUAAAUUUUUCGAAUGCGAUCAGAGCAGACAUUAUUGUCAUUUCUAUUCGCCAAUUUGCUUUAAUUGGCAAUUUAUUUCUCUUAAUUUUAUUAAGAUGGGAACUCUAGAAGACAAAAUAUUAGGAAAUAAGCUUCAUAAUUAUUGUAGCAGCAGCGAAGAUGAAGGUGAAUGUGAUUCUGACAGUGAAAACGUUAAAGAGCAAUCAGAACAAACAAAUGUGGAGAAUAAACAAGGUUUGACAUUAGAAGAUCCAACAAAAUGGACUGGCCAGAGUGCUAACACUGGACCAAAAGGAGUUAUAAAAGACUGGCAAAGGUUUAAGCAAUUGGAAACUGAGCAGAGAGCUCAUCAAGAGCAAGAGCGUUUAAACUUAAUCAAAUCUUUGAGUAUCACAUGUAAAACAGCUGCAGAAGAAGAAAAGCAAAAGGAGUUAGAUGAUGAACUGGAAGACUUGAUGAAUGAUGAUUUCAUUCUCGAGUUUCAGAAACAGAGAAUGAAAGAAAUGCUGAAACAAAACAGCAAUAUGCUAACAUUUGGUCAAGUUCAAUCAUUGCAAUCCCAAGAUGACUUUUUAAAUGCUAUUGAUAAUGAAAAUAAAAUGGUUACUAUAAUUAUUCAUAUUUAUGAAAAUAAUGUUAAGGCAUGCCAGACUAUGAAUAAAUGUUUAGACACUUUAGCAAUAGAAUACAACAAUAUAAAAUUUUGUAAAAUAAUAGGAUCUAUCGCGGGUUUGAGUAGAUCAUUUAAAAUUCAAGGUGUUCCUGCUAUUUUAGUUUAUAAAGAUGGUCAGCUUAUGGGAAAUUUUGUCAGAAUUUCUGAUGAUUUAGGUGAUGAGUUUCCUGCUUCAGAUGUUGAAAGCUUUUUAAUAGAGCAUGGCUUAAUUGCUGACAGAUUAUGUGUACCAAAAAUUAUUACAGGAGAAAAUAUUUAAUAUUAUAUGAAAUUCAAAGUAAU